AUGCAAUUUCUACAAGAUGUUUCCUCACGAGAAGCCUCUAGGGAUUUUGAAAUGGCGGAUCCCUCGUCGGAUUUAAAAAGCAUGACACCAUCAAGCCCGAGUACAGACAAUUAUGGAUACCAAGAAAUGUUUAAGCAACCGGAGACCAAUCCAAUUACCGAAGAACAAUUGAUCAAAGAAGUCCGAGCAAUCUACGCCGGGCUUGUGAUGGUCGAACAGAAAUGCAUGGACAUCUACAAGCAACAGACGGAGUCAGAGUCGAAGACAGAAUUCUCUGAAUCGCAAUGGCAAGCUCUAGUCUCAUUGCAUCGAACCUUGCUCCAUGAACACCAUGAUUUUUUCCUUGCCUCACAUAACCCUUCAGCUAGUAAAGUCCUUAAAGGUCUUGCUGAAAAAUAUGCUUUACCUGCAAGAAUGUGGCGAUUUGCCAUCCAUUCACUGCUGGAACUCUUACGAGAGAAGCUACCGGGAUCUAUGGACUAUCUGUUGAAUUUCAUAUAUAUUGCCUAUUCUCACAUGACAUUGUUAUUAGAGAGUGUUGAAGAUUUCCGGGAAACAUGGAUUGAAUGUUUAGGCGAUAUAGCUCGGUAUCGCAUGGCCAUUGAAAAAUCCGAUUUGGCAGAACGAGAAAUCUGGGCAGGAGUUUCCCGAUCUUGGUAUAAUCAAGGCGAAGAUGAGAGUCCCAAUGUUGGCAGAAUUCAGCACCAUCUGGCAGUAUUAGCUCGACCCGACGGUUUACAACAAUUAUUUUACUAUACCAAAUCUUUGGUUACUGUGGAACCAUUUCAAAAUGCCCGAGAGAGUAUUGCUCUUUUCUUUAAUCCUUUUAAGGGACAGGAGCUUAACCAGCAGACAAUGCUUACUGCAUUUAUUGCUACACACGGGAUUCUUUUCAACCAGGGUCCUCAAGAGCAAUUUAUCCUCUCGGCUAACCGCUUUUUAUCAUUUCUGCGAAAGGAGGUUCGUCGAUUGGGUCAGCAAAGGCACUAUGGUGUUUACAUGAUGUCUUGCAACAUCUCUGCAGUCCUGCAAUAUGGUCAGCCGGAAGUAGUCAUGGAGUUGGAAUUUUCUCAGAAUAAAAAAGAGCUCGUGAGCGAGGUACAUAAAAUGGCACUGGGGUGGACCUCGAGCUCAGCAUCCAAUGCCACGAGCGAGCCAACGACUUCAACCCUCGCCUUUUCACCCAUUGCUGCCCAAGGGAGCGCCCUUACAUUUCAUACACUCACUAUUCUUCUCGACCAAUUGAGUAACGAGCAGAUUUACCCAAGUAUUCACAUCUCCUUGGCAUUUAUCUGGUGCCUAGCUCUCCGUCCUAUCGCCAUGCAACAAUUCGAGGAAAUAAUUCCAUGGCUACCAAUUGCAAGAUUUCUCAACAUGCUUCUUUCUUCCGAUACCGAUUUUUUGAAUUCUCAAAAUGAAGAGUUUCCCGUUUGCGAUGAUGGAUCUGGCAACCGCCAGCUUGAAGAAGACUUCCUCAUCCGAGGUCAAGUUUGGAGCCAACUAUAUUAUCCAGAGGGUUUCUUUUACGGAGCUCCCUCAGAAGAGGACAGGCCGGCUACAGAAGUACAGAAGACAAUAAUCCCAAGACAACAGAGGUGUGUCUGGUUAGGCGUGCGGAUUGCAACGUUCCGCCGCUGGAUAACAUACAGCCGUGACGAGGGAUUUGUACCAACACAAUUUGCACGUGAAUGCUCUGCCAUUGCAGAGUGUCAUGGGCAUCUAAACAGCCGUGCGCUCCUUGCGGAGCCAGCAACCGACAUUAAAAUGAGCGAAGCGUGA